AUGUUUCCCCUCAUCUCAAUUUGUUUCACUCUCUCUCCCUGUGUCACUUUGUCUAACUCUCCCCCCCCCGUGUCACUUUGUUUUAGUCUCCCCACCCCACAAUCUGUGUCACUUUGUCUUGUUCUCUCUCUGCCACCCCACAAUCUGUGUCACUUUGUCUUGUUCUCUCUCUGCCACCCCCCCCCGUGUCACUUUGUCUCGCUCUCUCCACCCCCCGUGUCACUUUGUCUCGCUCUCUCACCUUCCUUUGUGUCACUUUGUCUCGCUCUCUCUCUCCUCAUGUCACAUCUCACUCUCUCUCUGUGUCACUUUGUGUCCAUGUGUCACCAUUUUAUCGCUUUCUCUACAUGUGUGACCUUGUAUUAUUUUCUCUCUUUCUGUCUCUCUCUCACUCUUUCUAAAAACAAUUUGUCUCUCUCUUUCUCACUCUUUCCCUAUUAUUUUUUUCUUACUCUCUCUCUCUAUUCUGGUCAUUGUGCUUCUCUUCCCACUCCCUCUCUUCAACCCCUCUCUAUUCAGGUUGCUUUUCUAUUUUCUUGUGUCUCUUUCUCUUUGCUGCAUCCCACUUUCUUUUUCUCUGUUCUCAUUCACACUCUUUGCAUAGAGAUUGAAAUAUUGUCUCUUUUUCCCAUAAAUUUGCCUCUCUCUCUCUCUCUCUCUCUCUCUCUCAACAAUUGCACAAGAAGAAUACAAAUUUCUUUUUCUCUGUCUUUUUUUUCUCUGUCCCUCAUUUUUUUUUUUCUCUUUCUGUUUUUUGUUUUACCCUCUGUUUCUUUUUUUUGUCUUUCCUCCCACUGGGAUCCUAAUGACUUUCAGGCCAUCGAUGCUCAUGCCAUUGAGGUGGCUCAGAGAGAACAUAACACCUUCAAUGAUCUUUUGAUGGAUUUGGUGAUUAAGCCUGGCUUCCAGACUGAACUGGAAAAGGCAAGAGUGAUAUUUCGCUGGAUGACUGCCAAGAAUAUGUACAACAUCAAAUUUUCCAACUGUGAGAAAGGAAGUCCAGAGGAAACAUUGGAAGCCUUCAAGAACAAGAAAGGAACCUACGCCAGGAUUUUCGAGACCAUCUGCGGUUAUUCUGGUCUCCACUGUACUGUGGUUACUGGAUUGGCCAAAGGUCUAGACUACCAUCCUGGUGAUGAGUUCAAAGGUACUGACUACAACCACAGCUGGAAUGCCAUUUUCAUUGAAAAUAACUGGUACCUUGUUGAUUCUCACUGGGCAACUCGCUACCUGGUAACUGACAACCAGAAGGAAAAUCUUGUAUAUGAAUAUGAUGACUUUUAUUUCCUGACUGACCCCGAACAGCUGAUCUACAGCCACUGGGCUCACUGCCCUGAGUGGCAGCUUCUAACCCACCCACUGACCAUGGAAGAGUUCCAAGAAUUGCCCCUGGUCAAGUCGUACUUCUUCAAGUGUGGCAUGUUCUUCCAGUCACAUCAGAAAGGAGUGGUGCAUACCACAAAGGGACGCCUUUCGCUCGGGGUUGGUUUCCUUAAGCCAACCAACUUCAGUUACAAGAUCAUCAAUGCUAAAACAAAGGAGGAGGUCUAUAAGGGCCAGAAGCUCAAGAACUUUGCACUGCAGCUCACCCAUGACAACCAGGUCGUCUUCAUCUUUCGUGCUCCUGAGGCUGGCGCCUACUACCUGACAAUUUUUGCCCAGCUUCUAACUGGAGAUAUUGGUGUGAAGAAUGUCUACACAGCUUCUGCUGAAUACAAGGUGAUUGCUGACACUGCUUCUUCAGAUGCUUCACCUGUGCCUGCCUGUUCUGACAGCAACUGGGGUCCAAGUGUUCCUGUUGACCAAUUGGGCCUGGUUCCUUCCCACCGUGACCCUGUCAUCACUACGGACAAUGGCAAAGUGAAGGUUGACUUCAAGAAAACCCGUCCAGCCCACCUUUUGUGCAAACUGCGCCAACAAGGUAGGCCCCCAAAUGAGCUUGAUAAUCUGGUUGCUGAUAAAGAGGACGGUGAUAAAAUCACAGUUACUGCUAACCUCCCAGAACCUGGAGAGUAUGGCCUUGAAAUUUAUGGUAAUGACCCGUCCAAAGAUGGAGACACCUACACUCACAUAUGCCAAUAUUUUGUCCACUAUGCACCACCUGAGCAGCAAGUGGCUGCAUUCUAUUCUGACUCCCCUGAACGCCGUCAGAUUUUUGUUCGACCCAAUGCUUCUGUUAAUGCUGAUGGAAGUUACUCUCCUGGAAGCACAGAGCUGACUGACGGUGUCAGAAACCUCCAUAUGAACGACGAUUUGUCAAACCUGCCACCUCCACCUCCCGAGUUGCUGCAGCAGCAGUUCCUCUACGGUACCAUCCCCAACACAGCCCAGCAACCCCUCUACGGCCAGAUGGCAUACUCAAAGGGACAAGGUCAUCUGUCCUACAGACCCGGUGAUGGAGAGCUACAGAUCAAGCCAACCCAAAAAGGUAGCCUCUUUAGCAUCCCAACUUCGGAGACUCCAAUUGUUGUUGAGAAACGGUCUCCUGGUCACCUGGCUCCUGCUCCACCAGAGAGCUUUAAGUUGGUUUCUGUUACUGAUGAAAAAGAAACACCCCCACCAAUUCCUGCUCCUGUGCAGGCUCCCAAACCUUCAUUGGAUGUCAUGAACCAGCAGGUGCUGAAGUCUGUAGAUGACCAUGCCAUUCAGGUGUCAAAAAGUACUCACAACAGCUUCAAGGAUCUCGUCUGGGACAUGAUUUUCUCAAAGAAUAUUACCAACGACUUGGAGAAAGUCAGAGUUAUCUUUAGAUGGCUUGCCUCCAAAGAUUUGAAUGCCUUCAAUUUUGAAAAUCCAGAACCCAAUAGCCCUGAAGAAAUUCUGAUGGGUUUGAAGACUGGAAAGACAACAUAUGCUAUGGUGUUUGACAUCUUGUGCAAUUAUGCUGGCGUCCACAGUAAGAUCAUCAGUGGUUUUGCAAAGGGUGCAGACUAUCGUCCAGGCCAGAAAUUCACCCGUGGUAGCAACCAACAUUCUUGGAAUGCGGUCUACAUUUAUGGGCAGUGGUGUCUUGUCGACUGCCACUGGGCUGCUCGCCGUAUCAUUGGCAAGCAAUCGACCAACGAUGAAGAGGACUUCCACUAUCAACUUGACGAAUACUUCUUUCUCACUAACCCUCACCAGUUGAAGUUCACGCAUUUCCCUGAUGAACAGAAAUGGCAGCUACUUGAACGUCCCAUUUCCCUGGAAGAGUUUGAGAACCAGCCACACAUGAAGCCGCAGUUCUUCAAGUACGAUCUGGAGUUCAUCAGCCAUACCAUAGCCGUGAUUGUUACUAGGGGAGAGCUUAACAUCCGCCUUGCUUACCCCCAUCAGCGCCGACCAUUGGCAUUCAACUUCAGCAUCCAGAUGGAAGAUGGCACAGAAGAAUACAAUGGCAUCAAGCUGAAUCGCUAUGGCAUGCAAGAAAGCUGCAAUGGAAUUGCCUCCUUCCGACUUCGACUCCCAGCUACAGGUUCUUAUGUGCUGUAUAUCUAUGCUAAGGAGGACCGGCCAGAAAAUAAGGAGAAUGUCUAUGCUCAGGUGUGCGAAUACAAGAUUGUGCAAGAAAACAUUAGCGUACCCCAGCCACAGCCAUUCCCACCUUGCAGUUACCUGACCUGGGCCACUGGUUCAGCAUUCCAAAAGUAUGGCCUACUCACGUUCCAGCAAUCAGCCACAAUCAUGACCCGUGAUGGCAAAGCUGAGCUUCAGAUUCGUAUGCCAGAACAACCCCGCCAGUUCAUGGCGAAGCUCAAAUCUAACAACUUCAGUGAUGAUGACCUCGAAGGUUACAUCAUUGACCGUGUUGUUGGGCACACUGCCUAUUUCACCAUCUCCCUACCUGGACGAGGAGAAUAUGGCUUGGAGCUCUAUGCUAAUGACCCUGUCAAUGAGGGAAUGACCCUGUAUCAUAUUGCUCAGUAUUUGAUUGUGUGCAAUGAAGAUGUUAAAGCUCUCCAGUUGCCGAAGCUCCCACCAGGCUAUCUUGGACCUCAACCCAAAUUUGAGGAGUUUGGUCUCAGUACAUCGAGUCAUCCAACCAAAGUCAUUUUCCUGGAAGGGAACUAUGUUGAUAUUAAACUGUCGACUGCUGAGGCUAUGAGAGUCACAGCCAACCUGAUUUCUGUCGAGGAGAACAAAGAUUAUCCCGAGUGCGUGUUCACUCAGUCAGAGGGUUCUGUGGUCACUUUUGCCAUUCUUGUGUCCAAAACGGGUUUUUACAAGCUGCAGCUGUAUGCCCUACCAUGCCGUGAUACCAGUCAACAGCUUCCAGGUAUCUAUAAUUAUCUGGUGUAUGUUCCAGCCAUUGUCAAACCAGCUUAUCCUUUCCCAAAGCAGUAUGCCCAAUGGAAAGAAGGCUGUUACAUGUGGGAACCACUCAUCCUUGCUUUACAUGCUGAACGCAAGUCGCCAGCAGUCAACUUCAAAGUAUCCAUCCCAUCUGCCAAUGCUGUUGCUGUGGUUGUUGACCAAGACUGGACGACUCUGGAAAAGACUGGCAACAUCUGGGAAGGAAAAGUGGAGUUGGGCAAAUACUGGGGUACCAACACCCGUGUCACGCUCAAUGCUAAUCUUGGGGGUGAUGCCAGCAGUUUUGCCACACUUCUUGAAUAUAAUAUCUAA